AUUAUCUAUUAACAUCGACAAAUAGUCCCAACCUUUGGUUUAAACAAUCUUUUACCGGAUAUUACAUUGUCUAAGUGCUAUACAGAAAGCAGCUCCCAUUUUUUUAUGAGGACGCUAACCAAUACCAAGAUUGUGCCUUAUCACCUAAUGUCAGAACCCAGGUAGGUCAGCCCUUUUUCUCAGAACAGGGGAAGUUUCCACCAGGACAGAACAUUCCAGCCGUCCUUGACGAGGAGAUUCAGUGUGUCAACACCCACCUCCAUGCUUGAAUGGUCCUUUGGUGAUUUUGGAGAUUUCUGAUGUAAUAGUCUGAAGGACAGUGAGCCUCAGUGAACACAAGAGAGAUUUUGAGGGAAUUUGAAAGGAGAAAGUGCGGAGACAUGGCAGCUUUCGGUCUGGAGUUAGUGGGAGUCACGCUCUCGGUUCUUGGCUGGAUUCUCAGCAUUGUGUGCUGUGCUUUGCCCAUGUGGAGGGUCACUGCGUUCAUCGGUACAAACAUCGUUACGGCACAGGUGUACUGGGAGGGAAUCUGGAUGAGCUGUGUAGUUCAGAGUACUGGACAGAUGCAGUGCAAAGUCUACGACUCCAUGUUGGCUCUUCCCGCAGACCUACAGGCGGCCCGCGCUCUGGUGGUGGUGUCCAUCAUCUUGGGUGUCCUUGCGCUCUUUGUCGCUAUAGUGGGGGCCAAGUGCACCAACUGCAUUGAGGAUGAAGGGGCCAAAGCCCGUGUGAUGAUCAGCUCUGGCGCCGCUUUCAUAACGGCCGCGGUCAUGCAGCUUAUUCCCGUGUCCUGGUCAGCGAACACCGUUAUUUUGGAGUUCUACAGUCCACUCAUUCCAGAAGCUCAGAAGAUGGAAAUAGGGGCCAUGUCGAUGGGAUUGGAGAUCGGGGGCAUUGCCAUGGGCAUCAUCGGUUGGAUCAUUAGCAUUGUCACUUGCGCUCUUCCAAUGUGGCGUGUUUCGGCCUUUGUUGGCGCAAACAUCGUCACGGCACAAAUCAUCUGGGAAGGUUUAUGGAUGAAUUGUGUCGUACAGAGUACCGGACAGAUGCAGUGCAAGGUCUACGACUCCAUGCUGGCUCUAUCUCAGGACCUUCAGGCUUCCAGAGCCAUGUCGGUCGUCGCCAUCAUCUUGGCCGUCCUGGGCGUGUUGAUCUCCAUCAUGGGCGCCAAGUGCACCAACUGUAUCGAGGAUGAAGCAUCCAAGGCUAAAGUGAUGAUUGUCUCCGGUGUGAUGUUCAUUAUUGCCGGCAUCCUGCAGCUCAUUCCAGCUGCUUGGGUGGCACACCAAACCAUUCGGGACUUCUACAACCCGUUACUGACCAGCGCUCAACAAAGAGAGCUUGGUGCGUGCAUCUACAUAGGGUUUGCCGCCGCUGCUCUGUUACUGAUUGGAGGAGCGAUGCUGUGCUGCACCUGUCCUCCACGGGAGAAGAAGUACAAGCCACCAAGAAUGGGCUACUCCGCUCCACGCUCCGUCAGUGGUGGAUAUGACAGGAAGGACUAUGUUUAAAAAUGUUUUCUUGUAGAAAAAUACAAACAAAGAAUAAUUAGAAGGAUUUGAAGAUCUCACAGAAAGGUUGGAGAUACUUCUGAAAGGACUCCGCAAUGAAGGGUCAAACGAUGCUGUCAAUAUUUGCUUUUCGGCUCUUUAAAACUGGUGUGUGUGUGCGCGCGUUAGGGGCUGGUUUUGUAGGCUUACCUGUCAGGGAUUUUGUGUUAUACAUUUCAUAUACAUUUAUAAUAUUUUAUAUGCUGUUGUUUCAAUUUUCCUGUUUUUUGUUCAGCUGUUCUUGCUUUUUGCGUCAGAAGGUCAUCAAAGGCAUAACAUGGUGUCAAAAUUUAUAUUUAGAAUUGUUCUAAGCAGACAUAAAUAGGCAAAGAUAUAUGAUAUGUGACAGAGACAGAGAUAUUAUUUUAUGAAAACAGUCGCUAUGUCAGUCUGAUGGCUUAUCUAUCACUUACGUAUAUUGACAGGAAGAGGAAGACUUUAGUUCUUUACAUGUAUUUGCUUAUGAAAAUUUCACUGGACACAGAAACUGAACAGGUAUUUUAUUUUUCCUUUUAGGUUUCAGUUUCUGAGGUUGUAUGUCAUUUCCUUUCUGUAUGGUUACAACUUUUUGUACAAUUGUUUUAUUGUUCAUAGAUAUUUUUACAGAUUUAAAAGACAUUGUUGAGUGUGUUUUCUAAAUAACCAAUUUAAAUAUUUGUCAAUUGUGUUGCUUUUAUAUUAUCAAAAUUGAAUGCGCAGAAAUGUAAAAUAGUUAAAUAGCUGAUAUAUUAAAGAAACGGUCAGUUACUGCACACAAUAAACUGUUGGAGUGGUUGUACCUGUUUGGCCCUUUGUUGUACAGUUAGGGCAGUAAUGUGACACAUUCUGAGAGCGACCACUCGGUUUACAAACCUUAGGCAAGCUGUACUGUUUGCUAUAGGUGGUGACAGACAGAUCCGACCAAAACCAGUCUGAAUAACUGGCCAGUGGAAGAGGGAUGGGAUUUGGAAAGAAAACUUAUAAGGCACAACAUGUUUAGUUUACCUUAUAUACUAGAUGUCUGUAUUUAAUCCCAUUGUAAUUUCAAAAUAAAUGCAAUAAAAACUGAAUUUAUGCUCCA